AUGAAAAACGCGUCAGUCGACGUCACUGUGGGUGAACUCCUAGCAGUUUCGGGGACUGUCCGCGACUCCAUUCUGAAGGACUCUUCGAAGAAACGAGUACCGGUUCAGAAGUCCAUGCUUCAAGAAACUGGUCGCGUCGUUGAAGACGUUUGGGAUGGAGAGCUGAGCUACAACCUAGUCAGUGCUAAGGAAUUGCCUGAGCCCGUGUUCUAUCAUAACACAGUUGAAGGAGAAAUUCCCAUUGGUGCAGUUGUCGCGACGGACCCAUAUGAGAUGUACUUGGAGUCGAUACCCUCUAAUGAGAACCCAAGACAUGUCUAUGUUGGUGAUUCGUCGGCUGCUCUCAGAACAAUAAACGGACGGAUUAACGCGCGUCUCGACGCGGACUGCAUCCUAGACAGUGGAUCUCAGAUUGUAUCGAUGGCUUUCUCAGAAGCCGUCGACGCACAAUUGAGCUGGGAUCCAAAGGUUGUCAUAUAUAUGGAAAGCGCAAAUGGAUCUAUCUCUAAGUCACUGGGAUUAGCGAGAAAUGUACCCUUCAGGUUUGGGACCAUCUUGGUCUACCUGCAGGUGCACAUUUUGGAAAGUCCAGCUUAUAAGGUGUUGCUCGGCAGACCGUUUGAUAUCGCGACAGAAAGCAAUAUCAAGAACGCGGCCGACGGCAGCCAAAUAAUCACUAUGCGCGAUCCCAAUUUAAAGACACGUUGUGCAAUGGCUACGCAGCCACGUCGUGCCGACGACUUGCCGCGUAACACUAAAAACAACGACGGAUCUACCGAACCCUACAGUUCGUCGAAACCGACGACCAGUCCAGACGAACCGAACCCUGAACGGGAUUUUCAAAGAGCUUCGAGGAAUUGA